GGGACGGCGGAAGGAGAAGUUUGCCCCUUCCCCUCAGUACAAAAUUGGGAUUCAAGGCUGCAGCUGAAGCCAUGAGUAUAAACAGCCAGUGGGAUGUGAACAAAGCUGUAACGCUUGCUACCUUGUUCCAUUUUCUUUACAGUGCAGGAAAUGCCUGCACGCUUCCAUUUUUAACUCUAUACUUUCGUCAGCUUGGCCUGACUGCACCAUUAGUAGGGAUUAUAAUAGGACUUAAGCACUUAAUAACUUCCCUUUGGGCUCCACUUUGUUCCUAUCUAGCAAAAACACAUAAUAAAAGGAAACUCCUCAUAAGUGGAUCACUGCUGUGCUCAGUUGGAGCUAGUUUACUUCUUAGUCUUGUCCCACCACUGAGCAAGAACAUUGUCCAUAAUUAUUGUAACAUGAGCCAACAUCCAGGUAAACUACUGACUGCAACUCAGGUACCUGAUAGAAGUAUGAUCAGUCUGAGUACAUUGAAUAUCAGUCCUGCUCCAAAUGACAAAAUGACACCAACUGAAUUGCUUGGAAUGGUCUCAAAGGACCUGGUUAGUACUGGAAAACCAGCUGUAACAGUUACGCCAUUGAAUAUGUAUUCGUCUGUAAAUAUUCCUUCUGCGAUAAACAGUGGACUCAAUGAUACUACUAUAGGUGCACAGCAAUUCACAGGCUUGACAUCUGGUACUUCUUGGAAAGAAAUUUCCCCAGGAGGACAAAUGUUAGAGGCACCUGUGCCUGUGAAGGCAGCUAGAAGCUCAAUUACAGACAUCAUGAAUAGCAGAGAAAAUGCUCAGAAAAAUGGCUCAUCAAGAAGAAAUAUUAGUUUCGUAUCUCACACAGCCCCAGUACCCCCAAUGGAGGCACCAUAUAUAUUAAAAAACCUUUCAGGACGCUGGGAAAUAGAACAGGAUGAAAGCUCUCAGUUACUGCAAGGUACUGACUUCUUGGACAGUGAGCAUCAGGUCUUCCUUAUGGUGCUAGGUGCUGUUGUGCUUUGGGAGCUUUUAGCUGCUCCUCUUGGCUGGAUGGUUGAUGACAGCCUCUAUGAAUACCUUGACUUUGUUGAUGCUGCAGACAAAUAUGGAAACCUUUGGAUCUGGAGUUAUUUAGGUGCAUCUGUGGGAGUCUGCAGCAUAGCAGUGUUUGUGGAUCAACUAGACUGUUUUUUGAGCACUAAUAUUCCACGUUUUUCAGUUCAUUUUUAUGGCUAUGCCUUGUUGAUAACUCUAACAUUACUUGUUAGUGUUUUCUUUCCAGUCCAUGUGUCCAAAAAAAAUGAACAUGUCAAUAAAACAGGCAAAGCUUUGAACCUUAUUGGGAGUGAUGGCCGAACCAUCCUGUCUGCUGUCACUGUCUUCCUCACAGGUGCCAUUGGGUCAACUGUGCAGAAUUUUCUUUUCUGGCAAAUGCAAGACCAAGGCAGCAGUGAGUUAUACAUGGGCCUCUCAGUGGCCAUUGGACUGAUUGCUGAAAUUCUGCUCUACUUCUUCAAAAGCAAACUACUAAGGGCUCUCUCAGGUGGUGGAACUGUUGCCAUGAGCUUAAGCUGCCUAGCAGCACAGCUGCUCUAUUAUUCAUUCCUAUGGAACGCCUGGGCAGUGCUGCCAAUCCAGAUCUUCUGUGCCUUCAGCAAUGGAGCCUUGUGGUGGGCUGUGAACAUGCUGGCAGAUGACAUUGCCACUCCCGGCACAGAGCGAUCACUGCAUCUUGUCUUACAGGGCCUCUCUUGUGGAUGUGGAGCCAGUCUGGGAAGUUUUGCAGGGGGGUUUGUUGUGAACAGUUUUGGCCUAGCAGUACUCUACAGGGCAUGCUCCAUUACUUUAAUGCUCUGGUUAAUCUUGUUCAUGAUUGUCCAAUCUAAGUUGCCACGCCAGAAAAGAAUUAAUUACUCCCGUCUCUUAGCUGCGGAUUCUAGUGAUAUGAGUGACUCUGAUGAUGAUUAUUAUGAUAAGGAAAGGGACUGGCUGGUAAAAGCUAUGAAAGAUGAGAACUUCAAUAGGAAUUGGUAAAAGUCUUGCAUUUCAUCAGUAACAGACCAAAGAACAGACUUCAAAGAAAUAGGAUGAAGUUAUUAUAAAUGAUGCACAUUGAAAUUAUAAGGAGGUAUUCUGCUAACUGUGGGAUACUUUUGGUGUAUAUACUUGCUCA